UGUGGCCUCUCGCCCUUGCUCUGUCAGUGGGUAGUGUUGUGGCCCCUGGCCCUUCCUCUGUCAGUGGGUAGGGUUGUGCCCCCCCCCCGUCAGUGGGUAGUUAAUACUUUGUGUUUUUGCAACUGAGCUUUCGAACUGUAAACAAAUAAAAUAAAGUUGUCAUCUGAUUUUAUUUUGACACGCACGUCGUUCCACAUCCGGCGGUGGUCUCUCGGAGUCUGAUCCGUGUGUCUGGAUCCAUUGAUCAGCCUGGCCCCGGGUCAACACGAAGCCCGGUCCGGGAACUCGGUUUCUCUUCCGUCGUUGUCGUGAUCCCGGGUCCCGGGAGCGUCGACAGCUCGGUCGAUAAAUGUCGGUCGGUGUGUCUGCUCGCCCCGGAUGAGACGUUCGAGGACCGACAGAAAAGCGGGCGCUCAGUGAGGAGACCCGACUGAGCGAUUAGUCCGCAGAGAGACGGGCCACGUUACCUCGGCAGCUCGGGGCGAACCGACAGGAUAUUUUCGGCUCGGUCGCUGACAGGCGCGCGCGCGCUCCGCAGGUGUCGCGGGUGUGACCGAACACCUGAGCGGUGUCAGUAGAAACUCGGUUCGUCUGAUCCACCGAUCAGCGUCACGGAGCCACGACGCCGAUGUGAACCGGGACGUUCCCUUUACGUGCUCGUGUUAAAGAGCGUCACUGUCACGUGAGGCUGUGCUGAAAAGAUGGACCUGAAUUUUUAUUCAGAUUUGACGGACGGUACCGGGCCGCACGACGGGGACCCGGAGUUCUUGGACCCGCAGUCGUUCAAUGGAUAUGACUCUGACAACAAGUUCCCGGGAGGCAGCGACAACUACCUGACGAUAUCCGGCUCCGCGCAUCACUUCCUGUCCUCAGAGUGUUCCACUAAACCCAUCGACCUCUUCAACCUCGCUGGAUCCGCUGGUGGAACCUUCCACACUCCCAGCCUCGGAGAUGAGGAGUUCGAGAUCCCUCCCAUCUCUCUGGACCCAGACUCCACCCUCACCGUGUCCGACGUCGUGUCCCAUUUCGGGGAGCUGUCGGACACCGGCCACUCCAACAGUGUGGUGGUACCCAGGAACGCCGUGGUCGAAGGGGACGACCCCUCCUUCGCCUCCACUUUCGUGAACGCCCCCUCGCAGGGGCUAGAGCACCUGAGUCUAGGAGUCAUGACCCAAUCGGGAGGAGGAGCUCUGCUGGGCUCGUCUCUGGGAAUGGACCUCGGACAUCCUAUCGGCUCGCAGUUCAGCAGCUCGUCUCCAGUGACUAUCGACAUCCCGCUGGUUGAUAUGAGCCACGGCCUGUUGGGGUCCAACCAGCUGACCACUAUCGACCAGUCGGAGCUCAGUGCUCAUCUGGGACUUGGGUUGGGAGGAGGCAACAUAUUGCAUCGCCCCCAGUCGCCUGAGCACCGGCUGUCGGCCACGGCGUCGCCCGCCAGCUCGCUGCAGGAUGAUGAUAUGGAUGAUUUUAGAAGGAGCGUCCUGGUGGAUUCUCCCAUCUCUCUGGCCGUCUCUCCCGGGGUUAUCUCCCUCGACCCCUGCUUGUCCGAGUCGCCGCUCUGCAGCCCAACCUCCAGCGCCGGUCCGACUGUGGGACGGAAAGGAGCUGGAGGAUGGAAGAGGGGGAAGAAGAAGAAAGACCCCAACGAGCCUCAGAAACCUGUUUCGGCCUACGCGUUGUUCUUCAGUGACACGCAGGCGGCGAUUAAAGGACAAAACCCAAACGCCACGUUUGGAGAAGUUUCUAAGAUCGUGGCGUCCAUGUGGGACAGUCUGGGGGAGGAGCAGAAACAGGUUUACAAGAGGAAAAAUGAAGCAGCAAAGAAAGAUUACUUGAAAGCUCUGGCAGAAUAUAAAUACAUCCAGAAUUCUCAGGGCCACAUUGAGGUGAUGGACACGUCCCCGUCGCCUCCUCCGCCUCCAGCUGCCUCCAUUUCCUCCGUUUCCUCGGUAACAGCUCCGCCCGGCUCCGCCCCCUCUGCCCGCACCACCAGGUCGCAGCAGUACAACCCAGAGGAGAACACCAUCACCAACAUCUGUACCUCCAACAUCAUCCUGGACCUACCGCAGGUCACCACGCGCUCCCGCACUGGCGCCAUCAAACCCCAACCUCCGCCUGCCACCACCCCCCCGCACCCCCCCACCAUCACCAAGAUCAUCAUCAAACAGACGCAGCUGCCCUCUGGGGGCGUUUCCGUCACAGCGAUGCCGGCCUCCUCGCCGCGGCAGCCGCCUCCACUGCAGCAGAUGCAGAGCACGCCUCCUCCGCCUCGGCUGCAGCAAAUGGUCCACACUCAGGCUCCUCCCCCUCUGCAGGCGAAGCCUCGAGCUGCCGCCACUGCUCCCCCGCCGCUACAGAUCAAGGUUGUCCCAUCGUCGCGUCAGUCCAAUUCCAACACGCCGGUACUUGUGACGUCGCCAGGUGAAACGCCCACUUCCUCCUCUACUUCUGCGCUGCCGAUGGACGUGGACAAGUCGGUUGCUGCGGUGACGGGAGAGGAAGUGGUGGAGGUGGAGGAAGGGAUGAAGGUGGAGGUGAACGUCGCCCCCGGCCCUAGUGUGACCUCUACCUCCGGUCUGAACGUCUGUGUUCGGGCCGGGUGCACCAACCCGGCUGUGGAGAGCAAAGACUGGGACAAAGAAUACUGCAGCAACGAGUGUGUCGCCACGCACUGCAGAGACGUGUUCAUGGCCUGGUGUGCGAUCCGUGGGCAGAACUCCGCCACCGUCUCGUAGGGAGAGGACGGCGCUGACGGACGAGUGUUACACGGAGAGAAAACAUGAAAUACAAACGAACAGAUCAAUGACUCAGGUUUCUGCAGAGUGUUUGUCAUGUCAGAUGUGGAAAGUAUCUUUAAAAGUGUUUUAAUAAACUUUCCCGUGGCUCCAUCAUCUGCACUAAUGGUUCUAGCAGAAAACGAUUGAAGACGAAUGAACAGAAGAAGAAACUCUGCUCUGCUGCUACAGACUUUCUAAAGAUCAUCUAUUGUACAUUUAGAAUACAGACUUUUUAUAUGUACCUAUUGUGUUUUUAAUUAUUUUGAAAAGAAAAAAAGUGCAGGAAGGAAAUCAUGACCCUGCAGAUGUAUUUCAGUCCAUUAUAUUAAUUUCAAAAUGCAUCUGCUCUUCCUUUUAUGUUUCACUGGGGCUCGAUCAGUGUGAAUAAAAUGUUUAUUUGUUGGACGCUUUGCCGUCGAGGGGCGGUUGCUGCAUCAGAGAUCUAAACAGCCAACGAGCGAUGAAGCACAAACGUACCAGAGGGUGAAAUGUUCCAAAGAAGCAGUUUUGGAGCCAGAUGCCGUUUGUCAACUUUAAAAAACAAGAUGGGAAAAAAAACUCCAUUCAAAGGAUUUUACUUUGACAACGGGUGCUAAGAUUCAGGAAAAUAAAGAAGCUCAGAGGUUUUCUGUUCUUGUGUCCUGCUGAAAUACAGUCAAGCCUUUUAAUAUGUGGUUCUUUUUGUUUCAAGACGAACAUUUGUGUUGAAAAUUACCGAUUAAAACAUCGGAAUGAAAAGUC